ACAGUGCAGCCACACUUCGUGUUAAGCUUUAGGGGUGGUUAGAACAAACAUGAGACGUUACGUCAUCGUCCUAUUUCUUGCGUGGGCGCAGGCUAUGCCCGCUAUAGACAAAGAGGCCAACGAUCCAGGACUUGUUGGCAGUGUAUUGGGAGUUGUCAAAGAGUGUGUCGACGGCGACGUAUCGUUAUGCCUGAAGGAAAAAGCGUUAAAAUAUGUGGAGACAUUCUCAUCAGCGAGGGAGAUGAACUUGGCUGAGGGAGUUACUCUUAUUGGCUCUGGUUCUCCAAGGUCUGCCAGGGCUUUGGAGCCUUUGUCUGAAGAACCCAAAGCAAGAGAGGCUCAAGUAGAAGCAAGACUGCUGGAUUCAGCCGCUGACUUCUUGGAGAAUCAUGUCAUACAGUUCAGACUACCAUCGUCGGCAGUUGAAGGCAUGAAGAGGUCACUUGAAGAAGCUCGUGGUAAAAAGAAGAAGAUCAAGCAGCUCCUCCCACUUUUGGCUCUCGCUAAGCUCAAGAUCACAGCUCUAAUUUCCCUGUUCCUGGGUAUUAUUGCCUUCGCUGCCGCCAAAGCCCUCCUUCUUGCCAAGGCGUCCUUACUCGUCGCCGGUAUCAUCGCUCUCAAGAAACUCUUGGCCCACAAACACCACGACACCAGUUAUGAAGUAGUCGCUCAUCCACACCACGAGGAACAUUACGCCAGCAGUGGACACGGAUGGGGACGGUCAAUUGACGAGGCUCAAAACUUGGCUUAUGGAGCCCAUGUGAAAUCCGACUAAAUUUAAUUGUAAAUGAGAAGAGGCAUCCCACAGGGUCAUACUCUAGGCCCACUUAUAAAUAUUACGUAUAGUCAUGGAAUUUCCGAGCGUUUGAAGUACAAUGACUUUAUUUAUUUUUAGUUUUAAGAUAUUUAUUUUAUUAUUUAUUGAACGACACCCCUUUGUAAGGGUUGAUAUUACCGAAA